ACCACUCAUCACGCGUUGUCUCCUCAGGGGGCACAAUGAACGAGGAACCGGACGGCAACGUCACUCAGACGUACGACAACUGGACCUUCCCCAACAUCUCCUCGACGUCGUCAUGGGAGGAGGAGAACCCUUUCAGACCCAGGAAUAACAUCACAUACGUUGGAUAUUACCUGCACGAGUCGUCCAUCGCGGCCAUCUUCGUGGCGUCCUACCUGUUAAUCUUCCUGGUGUGCAUGGUGGGCAACGGCGUGGUAUGCUUCAUCGUGCUGCGCAGCAAGAACAUGCGCACGGUCACCAACCUGUUCAUCCUCAACCUGGCCGUGAGCGACCUUCUGGUUGGCAUCUUCUGCAUGCCCACCACGCUGCUGGAUAACAUCAUCACAGGGUGGCCCUUUGGAAGCCUGGUGUGUAAAAUGAGCGGCAUGGUGCAGGGAAUCUCCGUGUCGGCGUCGGUGUUCACGCUGGUCGCCAUCGCAGUUGACAGGUUCCGAUGCAUCGUAUACCCCUUCAAGCAGAAGCUGACGCUGUCCAAAGCCACCCUAAUUAUAGUCAUUAUCUGGGUCCUGGCCAUCUCCAUUAUGUGUCCCUCUGGGGUCAUGCUGCAGGUGACCAAGGAGCAAACUAUCAGUGUGCUGCUAGGAUACAACAACAAAACAACUCCCUUUUACUGGUGCCGAGAAAACUGGCCCAACCAGGGCAUGAGGAAGAUCUACACCACGGUCCUCUUCGCCAACAUCUACCUCGCCCCCUUGUCCCUCAUCGUGAUCAUGUACGCCCGCAUCGGAAUCACGCUCUUCAAGUCGGCCGUGCCGACGGGCGGCAAACCGGGCCACGACAACCGGCACACGGUGUCCAAGAAGAAGCAGAGGGUCAUCAAGAUGCUGCUUGUCGUGGCCCUGCUGUUCAUCCUGUCCUGGCUGCCCCUGUGGACGCUGAUGAUGUUGAGCGACUACGCCAGGCUCACGGUGCAGCAGCACCGCGUCAUCAACAUCUACAUCUACCCCUUCGCCCACUGGCUGGCCUUCUUCAACAGCAGCGUCAACCCCAUCAUCUACGGCUUCUUCAACGAGAACUUCCGCCGGGGCUUCCAGGCCGUCUUCAAGUUCGGCCUGUGCUCGGCCAACGGCCAUCGCAGGAAGACCUACUCGCACCGGCUGCAGGGGAACUCGGUGCUGCCGGCCAACCCCGGGGCCUCGGUGGAGCCCAUCUCCCUGAACAGCCUGGACAACAACACGUCCCGCAGGUCCAGAAACGUCAACGAGCAGGACCUGGUCAUGGAGGACCUGGACAAGGUCUCGCCCAGCAGCGGGGGAGUGACUGCCGUGUCUAUUUGAGCGAGACAAGGGGUGCGAGGUGACUAUCAGAGCGGGACGCGUGACCUCUGUGUCUAUUUGAGCAGGACAGGUGCACGGGUGGUUUUGGUUAGUUUGCUUUCGUCGUGGAUUGAAAUUGAAACGACAUGUGGGGACAGACAGGACAUUGACUGUGUCAGCAACUGCACAACUGCAAAAGUGAAUAGCUUUUUCUUAAAUGUUGAAUGUUACGUUAUCAAAAUAGUAGCAAAUAAAGCAGCUUUGUAUUUUACGGCGCCUCUUUGAA